AUGUCCACUGGCAAUUCAUUUAAACGUUACUCGUUAAUUGUUUCAUGCAUCAUUUUGACAAUUUUUGUCAUUAGUAUUAGCCUGCUUGCAGUUAUAGUACAAAUCAUUACAUUUCCCUUUACAUCGCCCGAAUUUUUCUACCACAUCAACUGUUAUAUUGCUUUCACGAUUUGGAGAAGCUUGAAUUUUAUUUUGUUCAAAGUAAAUGGAAGUCCACCAUCGAUUGACAUUUCUUUUGAAGGAUUUCCAAAUGGUGUAAAUCAGAAUGAAAUUCCAGAAAAGGAAUCUGCAAUCAUUGUGAGCAACCACAUUUCAGCCACAGAUUUCUAUGUCAUUCAUGCGGCUGCCUUAAGAAGAGGAAUGCUGGGUCAAAUCCGAUAUUUUUUAAAGGAUUCUAUUAAAUGGAUCCCAAUUUAUGGAUUGGGCAUGUGGUUCCUUGGGAUGAUCUAUGUUAAGCGUUCUUGGACUUUGGAUAAGAAUAAUAUCAAAAAGCAAUUAGCAGGGUUUUCGUAUAGCACCAAAAAAUGCUUCCCCAUUUGGAUUGUAACUUUUGCGGAGGGUUCCCGUAUCACACCUUCGAAGCUCAAAGAGGCUCAGGAGUUUUGCAAAGAGAAGGGCGUAUCUUACAUUCCAUCACACACGCUGGUUCCACGCUCCAAGGGAUUUUGUGCUGUUCUCGACGAAUUUCGCGAAUCCUCUGAAGUUAAAUUUAUCUAUGACUUUACGAUUGCCUAUUGGCAUCCAAUUCAUGGAUGGGGGGUUCCACCCUCCUUAGCAGAUAUUAAUUUUGGUUUGGUCCCACCGGGGUGCAAGUUUUAUGCCCACGUAAAAAGAAUCCCUAUCUCAGAUAUACCUCAAGGUCAAGAAGAAGCCUGGCUUAAAGAUCUCUUCAUAGAAAAAGACCAACGUUUAGGAAACAUAAAGGCAAAGUGGAUGCCUAUAAAUUAA